AUGUCAGCGAGGGAUGGGACAGAAGGAGUUGGCGCGGUAGCGUGGGAGGAGAGAUUUGAGCGAAAUGUUGACGAAAACGGUAUCCAGUGGUUAGGAGCGGCGGAGGAAGGAAGGGAGAGAGGAUCACCGGACGUGAGUGAGGGUUCUAGGGGCGAUGGAGGCGUGGGAGCGGGAGAGACGGUUACUGGGGUAGCGGGGUUGCCUGUGGACGUAUCAGAGGAGGACACGUGGCAGAUGAUGGAGGGGCGAGGAGGGGAGGUGGUGGAUACACACCCUCCCACUCCUCUCCCCAACCACCCGGGCCCACGUGGACAGGCUGACGUGGCAGCAGCAGAAUGGGAGCAGCAGCAAGCAGACGACAGAGAGGAGUGUGAGAAAUGGGGAGCGCAGGGCAGGGAGCAGGCGACAGCAGCAGGGGAGGGUUCAAGGUUUAGGGCGUAUCAAGCAGCUCUGGCCGCUCGCAUCGUGACACUUGGCAGCACCACAGCGCACAUCCGAGCCUGCCCUGCAGGCUUGGAGCCGCUGGUGGUCCGGUUCGAGUCCAAAAACACUCUCCGCCGACAGGCUCGGCACCAGGCUCGGCAGCAGGGGCGGCAAUCUUUGGACUUUAGCGCCGUCCACUUCUGGCCUCAAGAUAUCCCGGUGCUGGCUGUGGAUCUGCGCGCGGCGGGAGUGGUCGAUGUUACGAUUGCGGUUACGGACGGCAGCUCGCAGGGAGUGGCAGAGGUGAAGGAGAGAUGGCAGCUCACAAGCAGUGGAGGAGGUGAAGGAGAGGCUCAAGGCAGCGAGUCCCCACCCCAGUGGGCCGUGAGCCUCCCCUUUGACCCCCUCGUCAACCGCUGCUGCCUCAUACCCCCAUACCCCCCCUCACCUCCCUCACCCCCCUGCUGGAUGCACCACCCUCGGGCUCAAAGAAGCGAGUCCCCAGUGGACCGUGAGCCUCCCGUUCGAUCCGCUCAUCAGCCCCUGCAGGCUCACACCCCCAUACCCCUCCUCACCGCACUAGGUUCUUCCGCAGCUGAAAGUAGCGAGUCCCCAGUGGGCCGUGAGCCUCCCUUUGGAUCCGCUCAUCAGCCCCUGCAGGCUCAUACCCCCAUACGCCCCUUCACCCCCACUGCCCCAUGCACCACCUCUCAGGCUGAAAGCGGCGAGUCCCCAGUGGGCCGUCACCCUCCCCUUCGAUCCACUCAUCAGCCCAUGCUGCCCCUUGGAGCAUGGAGGGGGGGGUGUGGAGAAGCAGAGGGCACAGUGUUUUUCCUUCCACCUAUCCCAUACCCCCUGUUGUCCUGCAGGCUUAAGGCGGCGAGCCCCCAGUGGGCUGUGAGUCUCCCCUUUGAUCUCCUCAUCAGCCCAUGCUGCCCCUUGGAGCCUGGUGGAGGGGGAGCGGAGAAGCAGAGGGCGCGGCUGCAAAAGGUGCAGGAUAGGCUGGAUGGCAUGGGCUUGCGGUUACAGCGGUUACAGGUUCAGGUGGAAGAUUUGUCCGAUGUUAUUGGUAGAGAGGCGGCUGCGUUAGAGGAUGACAUUUGA